GAUAUAGGCGAGAGAGAGAGAGAGAGAGAGAGAGGUGCCUCUCCGGACGACAUGCGAAGAGACGCUUUCGAUGCGACGACGACGAUAGACGAGCGAGGAUCAGCCCUAGUCAGACGCGUCGACGAGCGACAAGAGCAUCCAUGGAAUUGAAAAUCCUGCUGUGGGUUCACAUCGUGGGAAUUUGCUCGGGUCUGCGGGAAGUACGCAUCCAGAUACCGACGGCCGUGAAGAAGGGCGACUCGGCGACGCUGAGUUGCUGGUACGACACCGAGGGCGACCCGUUGUACGCCGUCAAGUGGUAAGGGGGCCGCGAGUUUUAUCGCUAUGCCCCGAACGAGAAUCCGCCAGUCAAGACUUUCCCCAUCGGAAAUCUGACGGUGAAGAAAACGGAGAGCAACGCGACGCAAGUCGUGCUGACAAAGUUGGAAUUGGAGGCGGCGGGCGUCUACAGCUGCGAAGUAUCAGCUGAUGCACCUUCUUUCCACACGGCUAUAGUUUACGCGGCGAUGAACGUCGUCGAAUUACCCUCUCAGAUGCCGUCGAUACAAGGGCUAAAGAGGAAAUAUCGUGUCGACGAUAUGCUGCGUUUGAACUGUACAUCCGGCCGGAGCAAGCCAGCCGCGAAUCUCACUUGGUAUAUCAACGAUCGACAGCCUCUCAAGUCGCACGUUCGCACGUACAGCCCGCUCGACACGAACGAAUCCGAGUGGCAAGUCUCGCAGAUUGGACUCCAGUUCCUGGUUACGUCCGAGCACUUCAUGACGGGCAAACUGAAAAUACGCUGCAGCGCGUCAAUAUACGAUAUUUAUUGGCAGAGCACGGAGGUCAGCGCCGAGGAGGAUCGGCCAAGGGUGAUACAUUACGAGCCUGCCGCGACUAUCGUCGGCAUCAACUACUUGCAGCCGCCGCCGAAUUUUCAGACCGGUCAGAAGAAACCCGACGGCCAGGUCGGAGUGAAAGUGCUGGGGUCCUCCACGGCGAGCCGGCGACUCUCGACGGGGCUCGUGUUGGAAUUGCUUGCGCUUCUUCUAAUCGUCAUUCGUUAAAGGCGUAUCGUGCAUCGUUCGGGAAACGCGCUUUGGAACACUUUGCGUAUGUCGACGUGCUUGUGAGAGCUCGAGAGGCGCUUUGUGCGAUGAUGACGUUUCCUCUAUGGGAUCGCCUCGGAUCGCCACGACAGCAGCAAUAUACAACCGGAGCGAACACAGGGAGGGCUCCUUGGGCCACGUCAAGGCGUUGAAACCUGAAAGGCUUGUUCGUAGUACGGCGGAGGAAUGGAAGUGACGGGGCGCGGCUGGGAGUUCGAUCUGCUUCGGGAUGACAGGAGAGAUUAGAGGGAAAAAAAAGAAAGAAUCGAUGACGAAAUUCGAGGACAAACUCCUGGCGAGAUCAUUUAUUCGACGUUCACACAUCAACGAAUGUUGCAAAAGCACUAUAGCGACGACUGGAUAUAUACAGCUGGAUAUACUUACGAUAUAUAUGUAUAAUGCGUACAUAUGUAUCGGGAGAUAUUUUUUAUUAUUAUUAGAUCAUGUACUCUUGCUUCCUUCCAGCGGGAUAAUGUGUUUGCAAUGUGUAGGUAUAUAUUAUAUAUAUAAAUAUAUAUAUUAUAUAUAGCACGUUUUGUCGCAUCGUAUGAAAAGAUAGUUUUUUUUUUCGUACUUUUAUAACUCAGAAAGAGACUAUAAUGUGUAACAUGAAUGUACGUGCGUAUUCCUCGACAGUCAUACAAAUAUACAUACACACAUAAUGCAUAUAAUGCAAGCAUACGCAGGGAUAUGCAUCUGCGCGCCAAAGGCGAAUGCGUAAAAAAAAAAAAAAAAAAAAAAAAUUUGUUCGACACACACGCUUACACUUAUCAACACUACAUACACUUUCUCUCUCUGUACGAAUAAUCGAUAAGUAAAAGUGAUCGAGGAUAUAUUGCGGCCCCGCCUAAGUAUUUUACAGUGUGCGAGAUGAUGUACCUGAAUCGGAUAUUCGCGCGAACUUCUUUUGUGUUGCUACUUAGGGACAAUAUACUAAUAAGCGAGGAAUAAAAAAAUGUGUGCUAUAUCGAGUUAUAUGAUAACGACAACUUUGUGUAUCUCGAUUAUUCCAUAUUUCGUAUUAAAGUGUAACUAAUUUACUAACAAGGCUGAUUUCAUUGAUGUACAGACUUAUGGAGUUUAUUAUAAAUUCAUUUAACUAAA